AUCAAAAUUCAAAACUUGAUGCUAAACUGAAUAUCAAAAUGAAUUCGUUCAAAGGUUGAAUUAGAUUGGAACAAAAGCAUUCCUCAAGGAGAAUGAAGAUUUUAAUUUCAUGUGUUGGUCUCCAGCAACUUUAUGAGUUGGAUAAGGGGAACGUUGUAUUCUGGAGGAAGAUAAGAGUGCAAUGGUUAUACUAACUCAUAGCACGAUAUUUUGAAUCUUUGAUUAUACACCAGACCACACUCCUGUUCUUGCUCUUCAAAGAUACUGGUUUGAGAUUUCGUGGGAUGAAGUUCAAUGGGCACAAAGAAAUUACAUCAGAAUGAGGGUGCAAAUUCAUUGACUUCCAUUUCCGUACAUUCUAUUCGAUUUCCAGUUCCACACUUAACGACGGAAACUUUCUUUCGUUCAAAAUUAUCUUUCUUUCACAUAUGAGUGUUCGUUUCAUACGAUUCUUUUACCAGGCGCUCAUGUCCGUGAAUUCGGAAUCAAUUGUCCGACAGGUUACGCGACAGCCCACCACAAUUUCGUGGGAUCAAUGCCUUUUCUGACAGACUAGUCACGCACGGCACGGCACGAGAAUAAGACACGUCGUGGGUCCCAGUGUGUUGUGUCGCCAGAACACGUGGGGCGUACUCGUCUGUCGUUUUCGUUGUGAGGAUGCGAAAGGGAAAGGAGGGAACCUGAUGCAGUAGUUAACCAAGAGAGAGAGAGAGGGGUGAAGUGUCAAUUCAACCAGAGGAUCUGGGGGCGGCCGUGGGUGGCUUCAAGCUUUUCGAUUGUUCGAAAGAAGAAAAGAUUGGCUCAAAUUCUAGGGUUCUUUUGUCUGUUUUUAUUCUUUACUUGUUCGAGCUCUGGCUUGGAAGAGGAGGGAGGGGUUGAUUGUCUACUUCUGACUCAGCGGACUCCAGACUGUUUGGGAGUUGGAACCGAAGCUUUGAUGAAUGAUGAUGUUGUGGAAAACUGCACACCAAUUCACAACACUAGUCGCAGAAGGAAGGAAAGCCAGUUUCCCACACAAAUCGUUGCCCUCUCACUUAAAAGAUCAUUGUUGAUCAACGGAGAUGGGUAUUCUAUGUGGCUGGGGAAAAGGGAAUGUAGUAGUCAUUGUGCUUGGAUGAUUUCUUUGUGUUGAGCAAAGUAUCCAGAAGAGAUUUUUUUUGAAAUUAGCUGGAUUUGUACAUUGUAUGUCAUGCAUUGAUCAUGGGGGACACAGAAAGGAUUAAGGAAAAGGCCUUCUCAAAUGGUGAUGUCUAUGGUGGUAACUUUAAAGGAGCACUCCCCCAUGGGAAGGGGAAAUAUACAUGGUCAGAUGGAACCUUCUAUGAAGGUGAUUGGGACGAAGGAAAAAUGACAGGUCAAGGAUGGAUAACAUGGUCAUCUGGAGCAAAAUAUGAGGGUGAUUUCUCUGGGGGUUACCUUCAUGGUUCUGGCACCUUUAUCGGAUGUAAUGGAUCCGAACAUAGAGGAGCAUGGAGGAUGAAUAUACAGAACGGAUUUGGGAGAAAGCAAUAUUCUAACUCAGAUAUUUAUGAAGGUUCAUGGAAGGAGGGACUGCAUGAAGGUUGUGGUAGGUAUAUUUGGAAUAGUGGAAAUACAUACAUUGGAAAUUGGAAAGGCGGGAGAAUGUGUGGUAGAGGGGCAAUGAAAUGGGCAAAUGGCGAUAUCUAUGACGGGUAUUGGUUAGAUGGGCUUAGACAUGGUUCAGGAGUAUAUAGGUUCAUGGAUGAGGGAUAUUAUUUUGGGACAUGGAGUAGGGGCCUCAAGGACGGGAAAGGAACAUUCUAUCCUGCUGGAACUAAACAUCCAUCGCUGAAAAGAUGGAGUAGCUCCAUAGGAUUUGGUGAUAGUGGAAGAAGUGUGUUGUCUCAAAGUUUUUCACUAGAUAUGGAGGAAUGCAUGACUCCAAGAAAAUCAGGUCAGUUAUCAAACAGGACUAAGUCAUUAGGUGACAGUUGCAGACUCUAUGAUCCUGCAAAGGAUCUUACAUGUCAUGACUUCUCAGGCAGAUUGUCCCAUGCGUCUGAUCUUGGUCCAAGUGAUGCGAAGGAUUACAGUGCUGUAAUAUAUGAAAGAGAAUACAUGCAAGGAGUUUUAACUAAAGAGAGAAUCAGGAAUUUUGCUGAACUGUCACAAAAAACUAAGAAAAAUAAUAAGUUUCGUGUGGAAAAAGUGAAAGGACAUUCAUGUGUAGACAUUUUCAAUGGUCGCCAGAGCUAUUAUUUAAUGCUUAAUUUGCAACUUGGUAUCAGGUACACUGUUGGCAAGAUCACACCAGUACCAAUGCGUGAAGUUCGAUCUUCUGAUUUUGGAGAUCGAGCAAGAAUAAGAAUGUAUUUCCCCAGAAAGGGUUCCCGGUUUACACCUCCUCACUAUUCUAUUGAUUUCUAUUGGAAAGAUUAUUGCCCUAUGGUCUUCAGGAAUCUGAGGGAAAUGUUCAAAUUGGAUGCUGCAGAAUAUAUGAUGUCAAUUUGCGGUGACGAUGGCCUGAGGGAAGUUUCCUCGCCAGGGAAAAGUGGCAGUUUAUUCUAUCUUUCCCAUGAUGAUAGAUUUGUGAUCAAGACAUUAAAGAAACCUGAGAUUAAGACCCUUCUCAAGAUGCUGCCUCAUUACUAUAGUCAUGUUAAGGAACACGAAAAUACUCUCAUAACAAAAUUUUUUGGAGUCCACCGGAUAACAGUAAGAGGAGGAAAAAAGGUGCGCUUUGUGGUCAUGGGUAAUAUGUUUUGUACAGAAUUGCGAAUUCAUUGUCGUUAUGAUCUAAAGGGAUCAACUCAAGGAAGAUAUACAGAUAAAGAUAAGAUUGAAGAGAAUACCACGUUGAAAGAUCUUGAUCUGUCUUACGAAUUUCUUAUGGACAAAUUGUUGCGAGAAUCCCUUUUCAAACAGCUCUCUCUAGACUGCUCGUUCUUAGAAUCUCAAGAUAUAAUUGACUAUAGCCUUCUCCUGGGAUUACAUUUUAGAGCUCCGGAGCAUCAUAAGGCUUUUCUAGAACCUCCUGCUACGGUGCCCAGUCAAGAUAAUUCACCACCUGCUAAUGGUGUAACAUCACAAGGGGAGCUCUUGAUUCCUCCAAAAGGCCUGAUCCUAGUAACCCAUGAACCCAGCUCUGUCAACAUUGCACCAGGUCCUCACAGCAGAGGAGGUACAUUGAGAGCAUAUUCCGUAGGUCACCAGCAAGUUGAUCUUUUACUACCUGGUACUGGAAGGUUACGAGUGCAACUUGGAGUAAACAUGCCAGCUCAGGCUAGCCGCAAGGUUGUGGAGGCAGAUAUUGAUUCAGCAGACAUUGAACUCUUUGAAGUUUAUGAUGUAGUUCUAUACAUGGGCAUAAUCGAUAUAUUGCAGGAAUACAACAUGAAAAAGAAGGUUGAGCAUGCAUACAAAUCAUUGCAAUUCGACCCUCUUUCGAUUUCGGCUGUAGAACCCAAGACUUAUGCUAAAAGAUUCAUUGAUUUCCUGGAGAAAGUUUUCCCUCAAGAGCCUUGAUUACCUUGGUGUUUCUACUUUGCAUCUUCUCCCCCCCCCCCCCCCCCCCACUCUUAUUAUUGUAAGUAGUGUUUAAUAAUGUAACCUUAUAUACCAAAAUCUCGUGGAAAUUGUAAAUUCGAAAUAUUAUUAGCAUAGAGAGAUUUUUUAUUUAUCUAUUCA